AAAGAGGGGCCCUGUGCGUUUCCCCAAACUCUUUUUUUUCUUUUCAGUUUUCUAUUUUCCUAGACAGCCGCACUUUCUUUUCUAUCUACGUUAACCUUAACACUCCAUCAGCAUGACUCGACACGCCCCAUUCUUCAAUCAGACACGGUCUACACUCUCCUGCAUCUACACACUUCUCUUUAUAUCUGCCGCAUGUGCCCAGCAGUUCCAACCAGAUGUCACUCUUGGACCCUCUAGCGCCUUCGUCGACGGUAAAGCCCUCUAUAUCCUCGGAGGAGACUCCCAGAGUCUCUCUCAGAACUCACAAGCGUUUAUGAUCGAUCUCUCGGUGUCUUGGGGUACGAGCAAUCCCGCUUUCACGAAACUACCAGACGGGCCCGAGGCCUCGUCCUCACCAAGUGCUAUUUCUCGCGAUGGCAAGAAAUGGUAUAACCUGGUAAACGGUACUAGCCACGUCUACGAUAUCAAAUCCGGAAACUGGACCCAGAGCACAGCUCCUAUACAGAAAGACAAGGAGAGCAAACCCAAGGCGAAGGGUGGUCCAUCCACAGUUGGUCUUGCGGCGGUAUCAAACCCAGACACUGGCGAUAUCUAUAUCCCCUUUGGGUACGAUGGAUCCAUGGGGCGGACCAAGUCUUUCUCCAUGCUCACGGUGAACCUGACGAACGAGACCUAUGACCAUGACGACAAGUACUCUAGUAAAACGCCACAGCGGUUCUACUCCGUGGCCUGGAGCUCACCUCUACAAAGCCUGGUCUACAUCGACGAAAGCGGACUCUACAGCUACAACAUCACGACCAAGGAACGGGUAGUCCUGCCCAAGAAGGAAGCCCCUAAGCCGCGCAGCGAAGCAUGUCUGCUGUCGGUCAAUGGCGGCUCGAGAAUGGUCCUCUUUGGUGGCAUUGCCGAAAAGACUGUCCAGAAGGACAUUUGGGUCCUGGACACCCUCAGCUUCAAAUGGAUUCGAGGCCCAGAUGUUGCUGACGGGGAUGAGCGUACAAGAGCCGCAUGCGGUGUUUCGAAUGACUACAUUAUCGUAUGGGGCGGUGCCAACAAGCAAGGCCAGAUCUCGAACUCGACCCUGGUCUACGACCUGCGCAACGGAACGUGGACUACGGACUACGUUGCUCUGUCCACAAACACCACCAGCCCUACUGUCGCGCCCACGCCCACGCCUACGCCUACGCCUACCCCAACUUCUUCCAACAUGACCAUCUCGGUUACCGCUUCCCCCACUGCAAAUACCACCACAACCACCCUCACCACUGCCAUCACGCCCACGGACUCCAUCUCCCCCACACUCCCUUUCAAAGAGACCUCAACCUCAAUUCAGUCUCCAUCCGGCUCAGUCUCGACAUCCACAUCCGUCCCAGCUGAAUCGACGAGUGGCCCCGACCGAUCCACGCAUGUGGCAAGGAUCGCGGUUGGCUCCGUCGUCGGUGCGCUGUGUUUUGCGGUGGUAGCGCUCGGGCUUGUUUACAGGAGGCGGUGCCGGCUCGCGAAGGAGAAGCUUAUGAAGGAUGAGGAUCCUUUCGCACCGAACGCUCGGUUGGACGAAGGGACGCCCGUGCGCGAGUUCUUCCGCAAGCCGCGGUAGACCAGGGACAUUUAUGAACGAUUUUUUUUUUUAAAAAAAAAAAAUCCAAGUGUAGCGAUUGUUAUGUAAUCAAACCUCAAAAAAGAAUGAAAUAAACC